AUAACUUGUGUUUCAAUGCCUACAUUUAGAAGUUCAAGACUCAGCUUGUCAAACUUUUCAGGAGUAAGUUUGUUAAGAAUUCUGUGAAAAAGAAACAAAAAGCUAAAACAAAUUUCCACACACAUACAAAAUAUUGAUGUUCUGCAAUUUUUACUAAAAAUGUCGAUUCUAAUUUGAAAACGCUGGUAGGAGGAAAUCUCAAAAUGAACACCAAACUUACCCUCUGACUCGUCUAAAUAUUUGGUCAUUUUUGUCUUUGGGUUUGACACCAUCCCUUGGAGUACUGUUGGGUGGUACCCAUCGAUUAUUAGGAAUAGGCGACGAUGCGCCCGAACCGGAUUUGAGAGUGGGUGGUCUCUCGUCCCUAAAAAUGACAAAAAUUGUUUGGUAUCACAAAAUAUGAUUAACAUGUUAUCUUAGACAUAAGAUUACUUUAAUAAUAUUAAAAGUUAAAAAAAUUAAACAACAAAAAAACAACACCUACCGUCCUCCUAAGUGUGGAGAAACACCACCCUUGGAUGACUGUGAGUCCAGUAUGCUGCUUAUCUUUGACCAGUCAGUUACAAGCUCUUGCACAUAA